UAGAUGCGUUCCUGAAAUCAUACCUGUAGCCGACUUAUAGGCACCCCAUAGGAAUUUAAUGUUGUCAGUGCAGUAUGGUCUUACUUGUUUUGAUCGUAAAGCAAAUGCACUCAUUUGUUCACAGAAGCCUAAUUGUGACAAGGUGUGUAGUAAUGAGUGUAAUUACUGAGUAAACAUAAAUAGGUGAAUUACGACCGUGCGUAAUGCAGAACUUCACAAUGGAUGCGCUGGCACUCCUUGAAGAUUACGCAAACGGCAGGAUCAGGAUGGAGAGAGUUUUUAGAGACCAUCAAGAUUUCCUGGCCAACGAUGAUGACUGGCUGAUAUGCCGAUUUAGAUUUCCUAGAGCAGUGCUCUUAAAUCUAUGUGCUGAGUUGGGCCCAGUGUUGGAGCGAUCAACCCGCCGGAACCAUGCCAUACCCGCACAUAUGCAGGUGCUGACAACUCUCGGGAUUCUGGCAACCGGCUCUUUCCAGCGGGAAUUAGCCGACAGGUAAUUUUAAUUUAAUCUAAGCUGACAUGUUCCAGCCCAACACUCAGUGGGUUUCAAUAAGUUGUUACAUUCCAUUUUAGGUCUGGAAUAUCUCAGCCAUCGCUGAGUAAUGUAAUGCCUGCCGUUUUGGAUGGCAUUAUAAAAAUGAGCAGUCGAUACAUAAAGUUUCCAUACACUGUAGGGGAACAGGCCAACAUUAAAAGGCAAUUUGCAGCAUCAACCGGUUUCCCAAAUGUAAUCGGCGCGAUUGACUGCACUCACGUUGCUAUAAGGGCUCCAAGUCAGAAUGAGUUUGUCUACGUUAACCGAAAAAAUGUGCAUUCAGUUAACGUGCAAGUCAUUUCCGACUCAAACUUGCUUCUGACAAAUUUAGUGGCACGGUGGCCUGGGUCAACCCAUGAUUCAUUCAUCCUGGCACACAGCAGUGUAGGGAAUAGACUGCAGGCAGGUGCUUCGCGGGAUGGGUGGCUUCUCGGUGACAGUGGCUAUCCCCUGAGACGCUGGCUCCUCACGCCUUUUGCGAACCCGCAAAGCGCAGAGGAGGCGCGCUUCAAUUCCGUCCACGUUCGUGCGCGCUCUGUUGUGGAGCGAGCCAUCGGCCUCCUUAAAAACCGGUGGCGGUGUCUUGAUGCGUCGGGGGGGAGACUUCUCUACCAGCCCAAUAAGGUGUGCAGGAUCAUCAUGUCGUGUGGUGUCCUGCACAACGUGGCACUAAGGAAUGGUGUUCCCCUCCCACCUGGCCUCCCUCCCAUUCACCAUGAGGAUCCUGACGCACAGCCCCCUCCCCGGCAUGAAGACCACCAACGGGGAGCCAGGCUACGUCAGCAAGUCAUGCAGCGUUUGUGAAAGGAAUACACGUCGAUGGUGUCCCUUUGUGUUUGGAGGACCGCAUCUGUCAGCACGCGGCCACCUCCAGCUGUGCCGUGCGCCCGGGGCGCACUCGUGGUGGGUCUGACCAUCUCCUCUGUGGAUGUACCGGGGAUCUCCUCACCCACUGCCUCCAUCUGUAGAGUGACUGGAGAUAAAUAAAAAAUGUUAUUCGCUGCUUUUUACAUGGCUGUUAAAUUAAAUAAACAAUAAUUUACCGGUC